AUGAAAAUGGGGGUGCCCACGUUCUCGGAUAAGAGAGACGUCGUCACCCACACGAAGUUCAAGGCCAGCCGUGACGCCAUGUGUGUCGCCCUCUUCAGCAUCCAAGGCUCGAGCCACUACCCGUUUGCGCAGUUGCAGGAAUCGCUGCUGCAGGCCACUACUCGUUCGCCGCCGAUGGCACGCGUGCUGCCUCUCCAGAGCAUCGGUGCUACUGUUGUCGAGGCGGUCAGCGCCGUGGAGCGAGAACUGCUGGCGGCAUAUACCGCGAAUCCGAAACAAUCGGCCUGCGCGUGCAUGCGUGCAAGCAACUACUCCCAGCAAUGGGGCCUCAUCUUUGUGCAUGUGCCCAAGACCGGCGGGACGUCCAUCGAAGAGGCGCUACUUGGCGGGGCUGUUGGGCCUGGCACUAAGCUGCACUCGUGCCACGCGUCUCUGAGUGACCUACUCGAGUGCGCCGCGAACUCCACCCCAGCCUUCUAUGUCUGGCGCCACCCGCUGGACCGGUUGGUUUCGCUCUUUGAGUAUGCCAAAGCAGGCGGCAACGGUGAGAGGAACGACCUCUUGAGGUACGCGUGGAUGAGAGAUCGGAACUUUAGCAACUUUGUGCACGAGCUAGCUCGCAUCCGAGGGACGCUCGGGCAGCUUCCGAAUAUCUUCAAGACGCAGAGCUCAUGGAUGGGCUAUCGCAAGCGCGCGACAGACGAGCGGGCAACGAUAUCAUCGGCCACGCGUCGAAACGGCACACAAGCUGAAGUGAUUGCGUUGCACUUUCACGCUCUUACACAGGGUUGGCGCGGUCUCGCCAACCAGUACCCGCGCUUGCCACAAAGAAUUGGCCACUCCCGAGAUGACUUCGAGCUGGUUCACCCCUCGGUCGUGGAGGACGCACGCAGCGCAGCGCAGGCCUGCGACGGGCGCCCUAGCUAA